ACACGUAAGAGAAGAUAAUUCUUUACGGAAUUACCUUGCGGCAGGGAUUGACUCCCGGAGCGGACUGCCUAAAGACCAAACAGGCACUCAGAUUCUAAAGACUUUUGGCGUUGGAGAAAUGGAGGCUGAAAAGGAACGCUUUCCUAGACUAAGGCAAGUUCUUCUCUUUGUUUUGCUGGCUCACACUUGGGCGGAGCAGGAAGAUUAUCGUAUUGCUGAAGAAACAGAGAGUGGUUCUUUUGUGGCAAAUCUAGCAAAGGACAUAGGGCUAGCGGUAAAAGAGCUCUCUUGGCGGAGGGCUCGGAUCAUUUUUACAAAUGACAAAAAAUAUUUUCAGCUGAACCUUCAGACUGGAGAUUUGAGAGUAAAUGAGAAACUGGAUCGGGAGGAACUGUGUGGCCCCACUGAGCCUUGUGUACUUCAAUUCCAGGUGUUACUGGAAGAACCUUUAGAGGUAUAUAGGUAUAAGCUUUUGGUCACUGACAUAAAUGACAAUUCCCCUGUGUUCCCAGAAGCAGAAAUGAUUUUGAAAAUCAUGGAAAAUACUCUUCCAGGGACUGUGUUUCCCCUGAAAAAUGCACAAGAUUUGGAUGUCGGUAUCAAUAAUAUUCAAAACUACACCAUUUAUCCCAACUCCCAUUUCCACGUUCUUACGCGCAAUAGCGGUGAAGGCAGGAAAUACCCGGAACUGGUUCUGGACAAAGCCCUAGAUCGAGAGGAGCAGCCUGAGCUUAGGUUAACUCUCCUGGCAGUAGAUGGUGGAGUUCCUCCCAAAACUGGGACAGCCUUGGUCCUCAUUGAUAUCUUGGACAUCAAUGACAAUGCCCCUGAGUUUGUGCACCCACUCUAUCGUGUGCAGAUCCUGGAAAACAGUCCUCUGGGAUCUCUUAUUGCCACUGUUUCAGCUAGAGAUUUAGACACAGGAACAAACGGCCAAGUGUUCUAUUCAUUUUUUUACAGUGAUGAAGAGAUUAGUAGGACAUUUGCACUUAAUGACCUCACAGGAGAAAUUAAAAUAAUUAGGGAACUAGAUUUUGAAAAAAUUAUGUCAUAUGAGCUGGAUAUUAAGGCCUCUGAUGGGGCUGGUCUUUCUGGAAAAUGUACUGUCAUAAUAGAGGUGGUGGAUAUAAAUGACAACACCCCAGAACUGACGGUGGCUUCACUUAUAAGCGCCAUCCCCGAAAAUUCCCCUGAGACCACAAUAGCUCUUUUCAGUAUUCAAGACCGAGACUCUGGGGACAAUGGGAGGAUGGUUUGUUCCAUCCAGGAGGAUGUUCCAUUCACCCUGAAACCUUCCGUUGAGAAUUUCUACAAGCUAGUAACAGAAGGAGAGCUAGACAGAGAGAGCCAGGCCGAGUACAACAUCACCAUCACCGUCACUGACCUGGGCACCCCCAGGCUGCAAACCCAGCACCACAUGACGGUGACGGUGUCCGACGUGAACGACAACGCGCCGGCCUUCAGCCACACCGCCUACACCCUGCGGGUGCGCGAGAACAACAGCCCCGGCCUGCACAUCGGCCGCGUGAGCGCCGCGGACAGAGACGCGGGCGCCAACGCGCAGGUCACCUACUCGCUGCUGCCGCCGCACGACCCGCGGCUGCCCCUGGCCUCGCUGGUGUCCCUCAACGCGGCCACCGGGCAGCUGUUCGCGCUCAGCUCCCUGGACUUCGAGGCGCUGCGCGCGUUCGAGUUCCGCGUGGGCGCGGCCGACCGCGGCUCGCCGGCGCUCAGCAGCCAGGCGCUGGUGCGCGUGCUGGUGGGGGACGCCAACGACAACGCGCCCUUCGUGCUGUACCCGCCGCAGAACGGCUCGGCGCGCUGCCCCGAGCUGGUGCCCAGGGCGGCCGAGGCGGGCUACCUGGUGACCAAGGUGGUGGCGGUGGACGGCGACUCGGGCCAGAACGCCUGGCUGGCGUACCAGCUGCUCAGGGCCACGGAGCCCGGGCUGUUCGGCGUGUGGGCGCACAACGGCGAGGUGCGCACGGCCAGGCCGCUGAGCGCGCGCGACGCCGUCCGGCACAGGCUGCUGGUGCUGGUCAAGGACAACGGCGAGCCGCCGCUGUCGGCCAGCGUCACGCUGCACGUGCUGCUGGUGGACGGCUUCUCGCAGCCCUACCUGCCGCUCCCGGCCGCGGCGGCGGCCGAGGCCCGGGCCGACCCGCUCACCGUCCACCUGGUGGUGGCCUUGGCGUCGGUGUCGUCGCUCUUGCUGGUGGCGGUGCUGGGGUUCGUGGCGGUGCGGCUGGGCAGGAGGAGCCGGGCCGCGGCGGGGGGCGGCUGCUCGCUGCCCGAGGGCCCCUUCGCGGGCCACCUGCUGGACGUCAGCGGCGCGGGGACCCUGUCGCACAGCUACCAGUACCAGGUGUGCAGGGGAGAAUCUGGGACCAGGGAAUUUAAGUUUUUUUCUGUUGUCUCUACCCAACAGAGGUCUGUGAAUGGUGUGGAGGAAAGCUCAAAUUUUGUAAAUAGUUUUGGAUUCAAUUAGGAACUUGGGUGAGGGAAUUUGGGUUCUUUCUAAAUAUGAUAGGUCUCCAUUACUGUUUUUGGUCCGUAUAGAAUUUCUUGGAUGAUUUGCUGAUUCCAUAUUCCUAUUAAGGGGAUUAGAAGUAUUCUUUGAGUAUAUACUCAUAUUUACUCUUUUUAUCAUUUCUAUUUUGAUGGAGACAGAGAAUUUUCAACUUCAUUGCAUUACUUAAAAGUCAUGAACAUGUGUUGAAUUUAUCAACUUUUCAUUAUCAAGCACUGUUGAUUUGAAGAUGACUCCAGCCCCAUCCUCUAUUUGAUUGUUAUAUGGAAACUCUAAAUUUUUGAUGUUGUGGUUACUUAGAAAGCAUCAUGAUAUUAAUAUAAUGAAGUAUUAGUAUAGCUUCUGUUUAAUCUGAUAUUAAGCCUACCUGUUUUAAAUCUUUAAAUGGUGAAAUGUCUGCAAAAAAUGCAUGUUUUUGUUUCACAGUAGUAUUAAAUAGGAAGGCUACAAUUUCUCCCAUACUUAAGGGCUU